GUAACUUUGCCACACUUGACCACCUAUCGACAUUGACCUCGACUUCUAUUCUCUCCUUCAGCGCGCCACAUCGCACCAAUCUAGCGGCUGCCUUUCAAGAGCAUCGUGAAGCUGGUAGGGAAUCAAUGGCGACAUCAUGAAGAAGACGCUGGUCCUUUGCUUUAUCCACGGCUUCAAGGGUGGCGAGGAGACGUUUGGCGCCGACUACCAGUUCACGCGUGACCUCAGGGAUGCAGUCGCGCGCAGGCUGCCCAAGGUGGACGUCCGCGUGCUCGUCUACCCCAGGUACGACACGAGAGGUGAUCUGGGGCAAUGCGUGAGCCGCUUCCGCGACUGGCUGGAGGAAAAGGUCAUUGACCUGGAGGUCGCGGCCGGCACGCCGUCCCCGACGGUGGACCCGUCGGUGCGCACCGUUCUCAUCGGGCAUUCCAUGGGCGGCAUCGUCGCUGCCGAAAUGGUCAUUGCGCUGGCCUCCGAGAAGCCCAUCUACACCGAGGACGGCAUCCAAAAGUCCGAGGACGGCGGCAGCAGCGGUGGCAGGCCCUUCAACGCGCUCAUGUUCCCGUACGUCCAGGGCGUGCUGGCGUUCGACACGCCGUACCUGGGCAUCUCGCCGGGGGUUGUCGCGCACGGCGCGGAGGGCCAGUACCAGAACUACCAGGCCGCGGCGGCGACGCUCUCGCAGCUGAGCGGCCUGGGGAGCACCCUUUGGGGGUCGACCAGCAAGGCGGCCGGUGGCGCUGGCGCUGGCGCUGGCGCCCCCAAGGCCAUCGCGGCACCGGCCAAGUCCUCGUCGCCGUCCCCGGCCCCUUCGUCGUCGUCAUCGUCGUCAUCUCCAUGGGGCAAAUGGGGCAAGGUCGCCAUGUUUGCGGGCGCAGCGGGCGCCGUCGCCGCGGGAGGGGCAGCCGCGUGGGCGAACCGCGACCAGAUCACGACGGGCUUCACGUGGGCGUCGUCCCACCUCGAGUUCGUGGGGUGCCUCGCGCGGCCUGAGGAGCUCAAGAAGCGGGUGCGCGGCAUGGUACGCCUGGGCGAGGAGCUCGACGUGGGCUUCGCCAACCUGUACACGCGCCUGGGCCGGGCGGCGCCGUCAAAGACAGUAAGCAUGGUCGGGACCGUGCUGGGUCCGGACCGCACGUUCUGCAACCUGCCCAAGAAGAUGAGCGCCGGGGAGUGGCGCGAGGCCGUCAAUGACAAGGCCACGGACGAGACGCAGGCGCAUAUGAGCAUGUUUGAGCCCGGGGAGAACCCGGCAUAUGAAGAGCUGGCCAGCGACGCGGCAGGCUUGAUCGAAGCAUGGUCACAAAACGAAUGGUACGAGAGCAGCACGCAAAGGGUCGACCAAGGGAGCAGCAAGGCAUAUGGUGAAGUGAGCUUGGAGAAUGCAUGGGCGUAGAGGCACACCGUCCGAGCGGAACCUGGUGCGAUGAUGAAUCGUUUGAUACAUUAGGUAGUUUGUUUCUAGAGUACACCGUGAUCCGUCUAUAUACCCUCUUCUGAUCCGA